AAACUUCCUAGUACAGGAAUAUGGUCGUACUUUGUUUGCUGUGCUUAAACACUAGAAAGCCAACUCAAACCGCACCAUUCUUCAAACUCUGAAAGUAAGCUUCGCUACUAAGCAAACUCAACACCGCACCACUCUUGGAACUCUGAAAGUGAAAAUGUCUUUCUCGCCUUCGCCUUCAAAAUCUCGUCGUCCUCAAAUUCUCGCUAAUUGCUCUCCGAAUCUCCUCAAACAAAUGCAACAAGAUACCUGCUACAUAUGUAAACAAGUUGGACAUUGGUCUUGGUUCUGUCCUUACAAAUCCCCCACUAAGCCCGUUUCGCCCGAGCCCAAGCCCAAGCCCAAGCCCGAUUCCCCAGUUUCCUCCGACGCCAUACAGUGCCGUUGUGGCCAUGGCGCUUGCGAAGUCAAAACCUCACGGAGUGGCAGGAACUUCUAUGCCUGCCCCAUCAAAAGGGGGAUAAAAUGUAAGGAUUUUGUGAAGUGGUGCGAUGAUCCUAUUGAUGAGAGAGAUUUACAGCCUCCACCGUUCAAGUACCCUGUGUGUGCGUGUGAGGCCGGAGUGUGUAGAAGGGUUAUGGGUACUGAGAGCCACGAUGCCUUUAAGUACUAUUUUACUUGCCCUUUUAGACAGGGUCAUGGCUCUUGUGGGUACCGUGUGUCGGUGGAUGAAUUGCUCAAUAGCAAUAGCAGAAACACUGUUCCUAUCCAGCAAGAUGAAUUGCUCAAUAACAAUAACAGAAACACUGUUCCUACCCGGCAAAGCAGGCAAAGAAGUCUGCAUGAUUUUUUUGAGGGGUGCCAAAAUGAUAAAGUUGAUGAUGAGUUGGGUAAGGAAGAUGGUUUGCAAGUACAGAUCAAAAGGAUAAGAAUCACGGACUGUUCUGAGAGUCCUGAGAUUUCAGAGAAAGAAGAUGCAGGUGCAGCACUAAAUAGAGCCAGUUUGAAACGGGUUGAUGAUGGCGAUAGAGAAUUUACAAACUCAGUGUCAUGGGAGAAAAUUGAGGCACAAGCGUUUCUAUUUUUGUCUAGUCUAUCAGCAACUUCAAGGAUCCGUUGGCGACAGAUUAUGUUUCAGAGGCGCAUUUUCUCUGGUGUUUCAUUUGGAUCUUGUCCAAUGGGUUGGCUAGGCCGCCUUCUUUUCUUCUAUCCAACACGAAGCUUGAAAAUCCCCGCACCACAACCAUUUUUCUGUUGUAUCUUCCCAUCCUAUGAUCCAAUAUUUGUUCCUAAACAUACAAGUAUGCCUGAUUGUCCUAAUGAGUUCAACCAACAUGCUAUUAGCGUUGUCCCACUUUCAACUGGUUGCCUUACUGAGGUUUCUGGAGACGUAGUGAGUCCCAGUAAAUCACAAGAUGAAAGAAAGUCAAUAAUGUCAAAGGCACAAAGGCAUAGAGAAGUGGUUUUGUUUACACAACAACGACUUCUUAGCGAUCUAGAGACCAUGGAUCUGUGCGAGCAUGAGUCCAUGAGAGAGGCAGCAGAGUUCACUUUUGGAAUAAUAAAAAAUUUAGGAGUUGAUUAUAAACAAUUUUCUGAUCAUGUCUUGGACUAUAUCAAUUUUGUAUCAUCAAUUGCAGAAAUAGACAGGUGCAUGGAAAAUUCCCUUACUAUGGAGGAGGACAAUAGACUCUUUGAGGAGCAGAAAAUGAGAUUUGCUCAACUCCAAGAUGACCAUGCAAAAGCUGAAGCCUUGCUUGAAGCAUUAAAUCGGCAAAGACAAUUGCUUUGUGAACAGGUCUCUAAUCUCAAGGCCAUGCUCAAUGAAAAGAAAAAACAGUUGGAGUUUUGUGAGUUGGAGACCUUGAAGAUAGAGACUCACCUUGGUGAUUUGAAAAGGAAAAUACUGGAGACUGAUUUAACAUUGAAGGAAAGAGCUGAGCAAACAGAAGUAGCAAGGAAACUAAGUGAAGAGAGACAAGCAAAGGAAAUUGCAGCUAAGGAAAUGCUAGAGAAGGCAAAACUUGAACUAGAAAAUUAAUUACUCCAUAUUAGUGAGGUGUAUGUAGCACAAUUUAUGUAAAUAGUGUAUAUUUAAGCUCAUUUUCUUCCCCCUCCCGAGCUGUGUAGGCUUUUGCUUCUAACAUUGGCAAGCUUAAUGCAUGUAAUAAUUCAUCUUAGAAUAAUGUUUUUAGAUGCUUUCUAUGGUAAUUCAUCGAAUCUCUUCUCUUA